GGCCAACCCAGUGGGGAAAUUAGGAGAUCUGAGGCUCUCGGUGAUGCAUUGGAGACAGUGCAGUGACAAAGACAGGAACCAGAGGCCCUGCCCACAUCAAGUUUUCCAUAAAAGGGAGCUUCCAUGUACUGCUGUGUUAGUCGUCCUCAAGUGAAGACAACAAGAUGCCUACUGUGAUUUUUGAUGGGCACAUUCAGAGGCAUCCACGGACGGAGUCAGAGUCCUCUGCUGUUUCCCUGUGCCGGAAGGAAGGGUGUGUUCCCAGUUUAGAGGAGUUUUCUGAGGACACCACUCUCCAUGGCCUGUCCAGAGUGGUCCGAGGGAGACUUUGUUCUAUUAGGCGCUGGCUGUGGACAUUUGCCUUCUUAGGGUCAAUCUCACUCUUUCUCAUGCAUUCCUUUGACCUGGUCAGCGAAUACCUGAAAUACCCUCACGUCACCAAGGUGGACGAGACAACCUGCAAGGACAUGAGUUUCCCAGCGGUGACACUGUGCAAUGUGAACCAUGUUCGAUUUACCAAACUGGAGAACUGUGACAUCCAAAAACUUGGGUCGUGGCUGGGUUUUGAAUUUGAGGGAACACUAAAUCUCACUGAACACUUUGAUAAAGAGUACCAUGAAGGCUUAACAAAACUGCUCUCCAAAAAAGAGAUGUGUCCGUGUCAAGUUGACUGGGCCAAUGUCUAUGAACGUUUAGGUCACGACAUCAAAGAAAUGGUCAAGUCAUGUCGUUUUCAGGGUAAGGACUGCUCGGCUGGAGACUUCAAACCUGUAAGUAGAUUCACUUCCUCCUUUGAACUCCAGCUUCAAGCCAACUGUUUGAGAGUGAGAGACUUGCCUGGGAGUCUGUAAAAAGUUAUGAUCUUCAUAUUUUAAAUAAUCAGUAGCCAGAUGAGCCGAUUCAU